AUGGAAGCCCUUUUCUUCAACUCUCACUCUGGUUUCUUAGAAGGCGUCAUUCGUGGUUUCAAAGCCGGUUUGCUCACUCAGACCCAGUAUCAAAACUUGACCCAAUGUGAUACGUUGGAUGACUUCAAGAUGCAGCUAUCCGCCACGGAUUACGGUAAUUUUCUCGCGAACGAGACACCACCGAUCUCAACCUCGACAAUCUCCGAGAAAGCGACGGCUAAGCUGGUCGCCGAGUUCGAUUACAUCCGUUCGAAUGCGGUCGAACCUUUAUCAACUUUCUUGGAUUAUAUGACGUAUGCUUAUAUGAUCGAUAAUGUGAUUCUGUUGAUCACUGGUACCUUACACGAAAGAGACACUCACGAAUUGCUGGAGAGAUGUCAUCCGCUUGGUGUGUUUGACACAAUGCCUGCGCUAUGCGUGGCAACGAAUGUCGAGGAGCUUUAUAACUCUGUGAUGGUUGAAACACCGCUAGCGCCCUAUUUCAGAGACUGCUUGACAGCGCACGAUCUGGAUGAUCUGAAUAUUGAAAUCAUUCGGAAUACACUAUACCGAGCCUAUCUUGAAGAUUUCCAUAGAUUCUGCCAAACGCUUGGAGAGCCAACAUCGAGUGUGAUGAACGCGAUCUUGGGUUUCGAGGCCGACCGUCGAACGAUCAAUAUUACGAUCAAUUCUUUCGGCACAAAUUUGUCAAAGGAACAGCGAUUCAAACUAUUUCCUAGACUUGGCAAACUUUACCCUGAAGGCAAUUUCCUCUUAGCGCGUGCGGAGGAAGUCGAGGCAGUCAAGGUCGUCACCGAGAACGUGCCUGAAUACCGUGCAUUCUUCGAGCCCAAAUCGGGCGCAACUGGGCGAAACGCUGAUGACGUCGUCGGAGACUUGGAAGAUCAUUUUUUCCAACAAGAAGUCCACCUCAACAAACUUGCAUUCUUGCAACAGUUCCAAUUCGGUGUCUUUUAUGCUUUCUUCAAGUUGAAAGAACAAGAAAUCAGAAGUAUUACCUGGAUUGCUGAAUGUAUAGCUCAAAACGCAAGGGGUCGAAUCCAUGAUUACGUACCUACUUUCUGA